GGGCGGGGCUGGGAGGGGAGGAGACACUACCCAGCCACCCGAGUAGACAGUGGGGCGAGGAAAACCUCGGCCGGGAGCCUGCGGCGAGGUCCUUUCCCGCGUCCCCUUCGCGGCGGGUCCUGCCUGGGGCUGCGCGGCGCGUUUCCUGAGCUCGGGGACUGUGGGAGACCCGCGAGUCCCUGUCUCCGAGACGAGAGGCCACGGACACCCGCGCAGAGGAGCAUCCCCUGGCAUCCCGCCCCACGCCGGUCCCUCCGGAGUCUGCACACCAGCGACCGCCCGUGUUUUGGCGCACACAUUCCCCGCCCAGCCGCGACUCCCACGCCCCGAGCCCUCUGCCACCGGCGCCAGAUCCCGCCUCCGGGGGCUGGACCCGGAGGGUCCUCGGCGGCGUCUUUAAGGCUGCGGUCCCCGCCCCGCCAUCCUCCCCGCCCUCCUCCCUCCCGCCGCGGCUCCUCCCGCCCUCCCAGAACAGCCUGGCGGCCGGGCGCGCGCGGCGCGGAGCAGGUGCUGGGGAGCCCUUCGCAUGCGGCUGCCGGGUCGGAGGUGGUAGCGGCGCCGGGCGCGCUCUGCCCGCCCCUCCUCCGGGCCGCACUCGGGCUCGGGCGCGCGGGGACAUGUCGGUGGCGACGGGCAGCAGCGAGGCGGCCGGCGGGGCCGGCGGCGGCGGCGGCGCGCGGGUUUUCUUCCAGAGCCCCCGGGGCGGCGCAGGUGGCAGCCCCGGCUCCAGCAGCGGCUCGGGAUCCUCCCGGGAGGACUCGGCGCCCGUGGCCACGACAGCCGCUGCCGGGCAGGUUCAGCAGCAGCAGCAGCGGCGCCACCAGCAGGGAAAAGUGACAGUGAAAUACGACCGUAAAGAGCUUCGGAAGCGGCUGGUGCUGGAGGAGUGGAUCGUGGAGCAGCUGGGUCAGCUCUACGGCUGCGAGGUACCUGGAGCGGGGCGGGGAGGGUCAGGGACCUCUCUUGCCCUUCUGUGCCUGCGCAGGAAUUCUCCCGGGCUCCAGCUCCGGGGCGCCCGUGGCCCUGACUCCCGGGAAGAACCAAGUGCCAGGAGCGAGGUGCGGCGCCUUCUUUCCCCGCCCCUCCCCCGGUGCCCUCUGGCAUCGGGCUCUGCGGUUGGGACGUCCCUACCUGGGUUCAGCUGCCGGUGCCCGAGGAGCUGCGGGCCCUCUUGGUGGCCAUGGGGAGGGUUGGGUCCUGCGGAGCGCAUUGCUUUUCUCUGA